AUGCACAUCACAGAAAAUACACAGGGCAUUCUUGUUAUCUAUGAAGAAGCUGCAGAGGAAUGGGCUCUGUAUUUAAAAUCAAUUUUCAAGCACAUUAUACUAGAAGACAGGAUCUUACUUUACGACUUAGAAGCUGCAUCGAUUUACCAUUCAGAAGUGCCAUUUCUUUGCUCUUACAGAUGCAAACUGUUGAUAAUAUCAAAUGGUCUUUUAAAGGGCCUGAAUCUGAAAAAAAGAUAUUUUCUGAACAAGAUUCUUCAGCCUCCUGAAAGGGUGGCCAUUUUGCUUUGUGGGGUAGAAGAUUCAACCCUUAUCUAUCAGACACUGAACAUAGAUAAAUGCAACCAAUUGAUGACCACGGAUCAAGGCCCGGAAGAUUAUCUUGCUGUUAUAUCUGAUAUUAUUCAACAAGGUGCACAUGAUCCCUUAUCUUCGGACCUAGAAAGGAGCUUGAGGCUAAGUGAUGGAAGUGUGGAAAGUGAGGAGGUGACGGAGACGGUGGGAAGGCCGGAGGUGUUAGUGUUGCCAAAAAGGAUACCAUGUGAGUGCCCUGGAGAAAUGUUCAUUAUUUUAAGAGAUGAUGUCCCUGAAGAUUCAGUAAUCAUUGAAUUUAUAACGGAAAAUGAAUGGAUCAGAAUUGAGCCAGAUUUUUGGAAUCAGAAAGUCAGAUUCAUCAAAGCUCUAGAUUUUCCUGCUGGCUUUGUAAAUGUAAAUAUCUACUGUGGAGGAGACAUUAAAGCCACAGUGCAGAUUGAAUACUAUUCAACAGUUGGAGAGUUUGAGAAGAUGCUUCAGAAAGUGGCUGAUCCAAUUGCAUUUGCCUGUCAGGCUUUCAAGUUUUCCUCAGCAGAGAAAAUGGAUAACAUUCUCACACUCUUGCUGAAAAGUUCAAUUAUUUCUCAUGAUUUUAGCAGUUUUCCAAAUGAAGUCACGGAUCACGACCAGGAAAUUGAUUUGCAGUUAGAGGAACUUCCCACUCUUCUCCAUUGUGCAGCUAAAUUUGGAUUAAAGAAACUUGCUGCACUUCUUCUCCAAGAUCCCAAAGUCAUUCAAGCAUGUAGAAUUACUAAUAAGUAUGGAGAAAACCCUGCUCAUGUUGCAAAAAAGUAUGGCCAGAAGGAAAUUUGGAAGAUCCUUGCACAAUUGUCAAUAAAUGAAGACAAAAACACAAGUGAUGAGAAGGAAAUAAAAGCUGAGGAUGACAUUUAUGUGUUUAUGAUGAGCUCAGAUUCUCAUUCUAAUGGACUUGGCAGACCAAGCAUAGAAGAACCACCUGGAGCCUAUUUGAAAAUCCAGAAGAAGAAAGAGAUGAAUGCUGAUGCAGAACCGAAAGAAUAUAAUGAGGAAGGAAUGGUAGAAAAAGAAGAAGGAAAUAAAUUAGAAGAAAAUACAUGUCACCUGAGAAAUAGUUGUUACGGCUUGUAUAGUAACAUAUUUAAGGAUGUCCCAGAAGCAAAGAGUGAAAACGUCAGUGUCUCAGAGGGACCACCUUUGCCACCCCGAAAUCAAUCUGUUGCCAGUAAACAAAGUGAACUUUUCUACUUGUAUUCAGCCUGUAAAAGAGUGGAAGGCCAAACGGAAAAUAAGGAGACAGAUGGAGAGCCAAAGAUAAAUGAUUAUUUUGACGAAAUAGAUGGCGAAGAUCCAUACACUUCUGCUGUAGUAAAUGAUGGUGUGUAUGAUACAAUUAUCGAUAACAAACUUCAAGAGCAAAGGAAAGAUGGUAGAUCCUUUAUUAUGAAUCGGCCACCAGCACCUGCACCACGUCCUUUGUCUGUUGCUGCGAAAGAGGAGAGCACUUCUUAUAUAGCUCAAGUCUUUCAGCAAAAGGUGACUAGGACUCAUGCUGGUAAUGAGAAGCUGUUGAACGCUGUCAGGAAACCAGGAACUCCAAUGACAACUAAAUUUAAUGAGAGUGAAUUAAUCAAAGAAAUGGCCAUGAAACUGAAUGACAGAAGUUAUGAGGACAAGGUCACAUACACCAUUGUCAAGCCCAAAAUCCCACCAAGCCAGGAAGAACACCUCUUGUUCCAACAGCAACUGAAAAAGGGAAACAGUUCCAUGGAUGAAAUUCAGAAACUCAAGCACUGGCAAAUCCAUACAAGUAAACCGGAAACUACUCAGCAGGUGAUGGGAUAUUUCAGGGAGCAACUCAAUACAGACAAUGAAAGUGGACUGUAAUUUCCUUUACAGCAGGGAUCAUCAAACUUGGAAUUCUUCAAUCAAUUGUGGGAAAGUUAUUAAAGAAAUAAUUGAACUUUGAUAGCACUGAUGUCUUGAUUUAUGGAUUUCAAAUAUAAAUAUUUAUCUGGACAGUCUCUUAUUUAUUCUAACAAGUAUUCAUUCUGACAGCUGUUUCAGGAACCUAAAAAACAUCCUAGUAGACAUCAAUAGGUGCUAUUCCCCAAUAAACAGGAGG